AUGGAAGAAUUAUGGGCUAGAAAUGGUGAUAAGAUAAAAGCUACCACUGGUCUUACCUUAAAUUUAGAAUUGCGUGCCAAAAAUGGAAGAGAAAUCCUUUUUAAAGCUUCCUGUCAAACUGUUUUCACCUUUUUAAUUAAUCAUAUUUUUCCAUAUCGAACUAUCUUUUACAAAAUCUCCAUAUUGAAUAAUAAAAAUUCUCUUUGUAAAGGUGCAACUCUGAUUUCAAAGCACGUUUUCCAAACUUGUUAUAGCCUGGACGUUUCUUUAAUUGGUGAUCAAACAUGCUCUUUGUGUUCUCUUUAA